AUGGGAGAAAACGCAGAAAUACCCCAAGACGCCAUGUUGCAAAUGAUGAGAACCCUAACAGAGCAGUUGAGAGGACUUGGAGAUAAGAUAGGCCGUUUGGAGAACCCUCAGGCGAGGGUUGACGUUGGACCAGAUCCAGAACAAAGGAAUGUCCGCGAUGUGGAAGACGAAUCCAUUGACAUGGAUGAUGAUGAUGAUCCACCACCAGACCCAUUAAGGCAUCAACAUCAGCGGAGAGAAGAUACUUUGAUGCGGAACCGUGCUAGAGAGGUAGAACCACGAGAACAAAAUCGAGAUGUUAAACUAAUACCUCCUACUUUUGCAGGAAAGUCUAACCCGGAGGUUUACAUGGACUGGGAGAGACGUAUGGAAUACAUAUUCCAAUGUUAUGGCUAUGGAGAAGCCCGAAAGGUAGCCCUUGCAUCGGCGCAGCUCACUGACAAUGCCUUAUCAUGGUGGGAUAGGACGGUACCCGAUAGAAGGAGGCAGCAGUUUGCUACCAUCAGUAGUUGGGGAGAUAUGAAGUACCUUUUAAGGUUGAGGUAUGUUCCUGAUCAUUAUCAACGAGACUUACAAAAACGUUUUAGAAAAUUGUCUCAGGGAACAAGGACUGUGGAUGAGUAUUUUGAGGAGUUUGAGAAGCUCAUGAACUCCUUGGAGCUGGAAGAAUCGAGUGAGUCCCUAAUAGCUCAAUUCAUUGAUGGCUUACAAGAGCGUAUAGCCCGAAAGGUGGAGAUAUCGAACUACAACAGCCUACAUGAACUACUUCACAAGGCUGUACAAGUGGAGCAGCAAAUCCAGCGUAAGAUGUCUUUAAGAAACCGUACUAGAAACAACACGCCUUGGAAUGCAAGCAACAACCGGAGCAUGGACAAAGGCAAGAUCGUGGAAAAUGACUCUAGGUUCAAGAACAAGUCUAAUGAGGCACCUAAAACCUCUAAACCCAAACCAGGUAAGUUCCCUAACACUAGUCAAUCUCGUACCCGUGACAUUACUUGUUUUAAAUGUCAAGGCAGGGGACACAUGGCGAGAGAAUGUCCGAACCAAAGGGUGAUGAUUGUCACGCCUAGUGGAGACUAUGAGUCUCAAGACAAGCAAGAUGAGUACCAGACUGAUCCGGAGAAUGACGUGGAGUAUCCAGACACAAGAGAACUCCUUGUGAUCCAACGUAUUCUGAGUGUACUUGUCAACCCCAAGGAGAAAGUUCAAAGGGAAAAUAUUUUCCAUACUCGAUGCAAAAUCAAGAACAAGGUAUGUAAUUUGAUUAUUGAUGGAGGUUCUUGUACUAAUGUUUCUAGCAAGUAUAUGGUGGACAGGUUAGGUCUUCAGAAAACAAAGCACCCGAGGCCAUACAAACUUAGGUUGCUGAACAAUGACACCGAGCUGAAUAUUGCUGAACAAGUUAUUGUAUCAUUCAGCGUUGGGAAAUACCAAGAUCAAGUCAUUUGCGAUGUAGUUCCAAUGAGAGCCGGACAUCUUCUUCUUGGAAGACCAUGGCAGUUUGACCGAGCUACAACUCACGUCGGUCGAACAAACCAUUACACUUUCACGCACAAUGACUGUAAGUUCAACCUUGCCCCUUUAAGUCCUUCUGAAGUUCAUGAGUUGCAAAAACACAUGAACAAAGAGGUCGAGGUAAGGACUUCUAACCUUUAUUUAAGAUCCAUUGAGGUUUGUAAAACCAUGAGGGCCAAGGGCACCGUGCUACUAAUGAUGUUCAAAGAAUGUUUAAGUACAGGUACAAGUGAGCUUGAACUACCCGCUGAAGUACAAGCUGUACUAGGUCAAUACAAGGACGUGUUUCCAGAGGAGAUACCACCAGGAUUACCCCCUAUUUGUGGCAUUGAACAUCAGAUCGAUCUUGUACCAGGUUCUGCUCUACCCAACAAACCAGCUUACCGAAUGAAUCCAGAGGAGUCUAAGGAGUUAGAGAAGCAAGUGCGUGAACUAAUGGAUAAAGGGUACAUCAGAGAGAGUCUCAGCCCGUGUGCGGUACCAGUACUCUUAGUUCCAAAGAAGGAUGGUACAUGGAGGAUGUGUGUAGACUGUCGAGCAAUCAACAACAUCACCAUCAAGUAUCGAGAUCCCAUUCCAAGACUAGACGACAUGUUGGACGAGUUAAGUGGUGCAAUCGUCUUCUCCAAAAUUGACUUAAGGAGCGGCUAUAACCAGGUUCGAAUGAGGGAAGGAGACGAGUGGAAGACCGCGCUUAAAACCAAGCAAGGUCUCUAUGAGUGGCUUGUCAUGCCAUUUGGGUUAACCAACGCCCCAAGCACCUUCAUGCGACUAAUGAACCAGGUUCUAAGGUCAUUUAUUGUGAGUAAACAGGGCCUACAGGUGGAUGAGGAGAAGAUUAAGGCAAUAAGAGAAUGGCCUACUCCAACUUCGAUUGGACACGGAGAAGCUCAAGAAAAGUCCUUCAACAUAUUGAAAGAGAGGCUCACACAAGCACCAGUAUUAGCCCUUUCAGAUUUUGAAGUUAUGUUUGAAGUAGAGUGUGAUGCAUCAGGUUUGGGAAUUGGAGCUGUACUACAUCAGAUGAAAAGACCCGUGGCUUUCUUCAGUGAGAAGUUGAGUGGACCUACGUUGAACUAUCCGACCUACGACAAGGAGCUUUAUGCCUUAGGUCGAGCACUGGAAACGUGGCAACAUUACUUGUUAUCCAAGGAAUUCAUCAUUCACACCGAUCAUGAAACCCUCAAGCACCUCAAGGGUCAGACUUCACUUAAGAGGAGACAUGCGAAGUGGUUGGAGUUCAUUGAGACGUUCCCAUAUGUGAUAAAGUAUAAGAAGGGCAAAGAGAACGUGGUUGCUGAUGCUUUGUCAAGGAGGCAUGCUCUUAUAGCUACUAUGGAGGCUAAAGUAAUGGGUUUUGAGCAUAUCAAAGAGUUGUACAAAGAUGAUCCAGAAUUAGGAGAGUGCUACAAGGAGUAUGGCAAAGGAGCAUAUCAAGAAUUCUACUUGCAAGAUGGGUUUCUAUUUAGAGACAAGCGGUUGUGUAUUCCUCAAGGCUCCAUGCGAGAAUUGAUACUUACUGAAGCACAUGGUGGAGGUUUGAUGGGUCACUUUGGUGUCGACAAGACCUUGGCCGUUGUAAUGGAACACUUCUUUUGGCCCCAUCUGAAGAAACAUGUUGAGAGAUUUUGUGCCCGAUGCAUUGUUUGUCACAAAGCAAAAUCCAGGUUACAUCCUCAUGGUCUUUACUUACCAUUACCUAUUCCUAACGCCCCUUGGGUAGAUAUUUCUAUGGACUUUGUCUUAGGAUUGCCAAAGAUUAAACACAAGGAUUCAAUCUUUGUUGUUGUGGACUGGUUCUCCAAGAUGGCACACUUCAUCCCAUGUGACAAGACCAAUGAUGCGACUCAAACCGCAAAUUUGUUCUUCAAGGAAGUGGUGCGUCUCCAUGGAAUCCCAAGGACAAUAGUCUCUGAUCGUGACACCAAGUUUUUGAGUCACUUUUGGAAGACACUUUGGAGAAAGUUAGGUACCAAGCUUCUAUUCUCUACAACUUGUCAUCCCCAAACGGAUGGACAAACUGAAGUGGUAAACCGAACUCUCUCUACUUUACUUAGAGCCACUCUUGAUUUAGCACCAUUGCCUCAGAUAGAACAGGUUUGCCAAGAUGGGCUAAGAAGAGGAGAAAUCAUCAAGAAGUUACAUGACAAGGCCAAAGCAAAUUUGGAAAAGAAGAAUGCCGAAAACAAACGCAAGGCUGAUUGGGGAAGAAAGGAGAUGUUGUUCAAACCGGGAGAUUGGAUCAAUGACAAUGCCUACCGUUUGGAGCUACCAAAUAAGGUAAAAAUUUCUCACACUUUUAAUGUAGCUGACUUAACCGCUUAUGAUCCAGGAGAUUCAGUUUUGAGGACAAAACCUUCUGAAGAGGGAGAGAAUGAUGCGGACAUCGAUCCUACAAACCAAACCGUUGAACCAGAUCCUGUACCACAUCCUGUACCAGAAGUACGAGAAGGCUCUAUGACACGAUCAAAGGCUAAACAGCUAAGGACGAGGUUUAACCUAGCCAUUCAAGACAUCGUAAGCUCCCUAGAGCUGAAGGAGGUCAACUGGUCUGUACCACCAUCAUGCCACCAUAAUGGACAUGAUCACAUUAUCGAGGAAGAGCUUGCUGAAGCCUUCACCCAAAUGAGCCUUGAUCAGACCAGUUCCCCAGGUAUGAAACCUCUUUUGGCAGGUCAAGGAACCUCAAGAAUCCAAGAGAAGACAUUGGAGCUGCAAGAGACGUGUGAUACAAGCUACACCUCCGAUCAAGAUAGUGAAGAUCAAGACCAAGAUAUAGAGGACAUGAACGAGCAUCAAGAGGCUGAUCAAGAUACUCUAGAGGAACUCCUGGAAGACCCUUACUUCAGUAAACAAGCCAACAAGCCAGUACAAGACAAGAACCCUGAAGUAGUUCAUCAAGUAGUACAAGAAGUAGUUCAGAGAACGUCUAUUGGACCUAGAUCGUAUCCAGGGCUAGCUAAAGGACUAUUAUAA